AUGACCGCAGAUCUCUUGGUGUUGCGUCAGUCGUCGGCAACUGCCCGCUAUGACUGGAUCCUCGCCAUCACCUUCAUUGCAUACCUCUUCAGCGCUUUUGGUAACGGCGCCAACGAUGUCGCAAACGCAUACGCCACCUCCGUCGCCGCUCGCACGUUGACGAUGCUGCAAGUCGGAUUCCUCUCGGUCUGUACCGAGUUCGUGGGUGCCGUUGCUCUCGGCGAGCGAGUCACAGAUACCAUCAAAAACGGAAUCAUAACAAUCGAUCGUUUCGAAGGGCGUCCUGGAGUGCUGAUGCUUGUUAUGGGCUGUGCAGAAGUUGGCAGUGCGAGCUGGCUCAUGUUCGCGACUGCCAAGGGUAUGCCAGUGUCAACCACCCAGACCAUUGUCGGGGCUUUGAUUGGUGUCGGUUUCGCUUCCCAGUCUGACAUCAAAUGGGCCUGGGAGAGCGGCAGUGUUUCGCAAGUUGCAGCCUCGUGGGCCAUUGCGCCGUUGAUCGCAGCCGCCUUCAGCGCCAUAGUCUUCGCCACGGUCAAGUAUGCCGUUUUGGAGCGCAAGGACAGCUUCAAAUGGGCCAUGCGAUUGAUUCCGGUCUACUUUGCCGGAACUGCCGCCAUCCUUGCCUUGUUCAUUUCAAUCGAAGCUCCUGGAUCUGACAUCGAUGCUCUUGGUGGCGGUGUCGUGGCCGGAAUCAUCCUUGCCGUCUUCUUUGGAGUUCUGAUUAUCUGCUACAUCUUCUUCAUGCCAUUCUUCAAACGCAAGCUCAUCAUGAAGGACCCACGUGUUCGGAUCUGGCACAUUCCCAUGGGCCCACUUCUUCUCAAGGACGAUGUCAAGCUUUACUUUCCAGGGAAAGGUGAAGAGUACGUCAAGAACUACUACGAGGAUUCGUAUGGAAACGUCACCGCCGGCGCAAAGGACGACGGAAAGCUCGACGAGAUUGUGAACCGGAGCACAAACGACUCCUCGACUCGCGACGACUCUCCUCCCAACACAGACACCGAGAAGGGUGCUCAUGAAGCAGAUGUUCUUGCUGCCGCCGAGAAUACAGAGGAAAUGCAGCGUCGGCGGUCCAAAUACGUCUCGCCCUACGAUCGCUGGAUAGUUCCCGUGCAACACAUGUGGUGGUCGAAUCCCGUGAAGUGGUGGGGAUGGUUCAAAUUCCUGCUACUGCGCGGAGUCUUUAUCGACGCCAUUACCCACGACUCGGCCCUGCUUCGUGCUAUCCAUGCAAAAGCGCAUCGGUACGACGUCCGCGUUGAGCAUCUUUGGACGUACUGCCAAGUUGUCUCUGCAAUGCUUAUGUCGAUUGCUCAUGGCUCGAACGAUAUUGCCAACGCUGUCGGCCCCGUCAGCGCCUCCUACAGCACAUUUAGGAGCGGUGUCGUGGAGACCGAAGCUGACACUCCAAUCUGGAUCCUCGUAAUUGGUGGCCUUCUUCUCGGAUUGGGUUUCUGGUUCAUGGGAUACCAUAUUAUUCGCGCCCUAGGCAACAAGAUCACCCAGAUGUCGCCAACUCGCGGCUUCUCGAUCGAGCUCGGCGCUGCCAUCACCGUCCUGAUGGCCUCCCGUCUUGGCCUGCCAGUAUCAACAACCCAGUGCCUGACUGGAGCGGCUCUCGGCGUCGCGCUGAUGAACUAUGAUCUUGGAGCUGUCAAUUGGCGCCAAAUUGCUUUCAUCUUCAUGGGCUGGGUUUUGACCUUGCCUUGCGCAGGUCUGAUCUCUGGCCUGCUUUGUCUGAUGGCUUUGAACGCUCCGUCGUUCUAA